AGCAGCAAAAUGGCGAACAGAGAAUAAGGAAAACAAAUGAUAUUUUAGAAUUUCUCAAAGCCAUUUUAAACCACUUCUAGGAAGAUGUGGAAUAAACCAGAAGAAGUUCUUCUUGCCAAUGCCUUGUGGGCCACAGAAAGAGCAAAUCCAUAUUUUGUAUUGCAAAGAAGGAAAGGUCAUGGUGGAGGAGGAUUGACAUCACUUCUUAUUGGCACGUUAGAUAACGUUUUAGACUCAAAGCCCCCUCCAUUUCGCAUUCUUCUUCAAUURUCAAACUCUGAUGUCAGCUAUGUGAUUUCAAGUGGCACAACAUUCAAGGAAGUAGAGUUAGACUGGGAAUGGCUAACAAAAUAUCUUCUAGAAACUCUUGUUAAUAUUGAUAAUGAGGAUGACAUCAAAGAUUUUGUAAAAGCAAAGAUUGAGAGCCUAGUUGCAAAUACAGAAGCUGAUGCUGAUCAAACCAGUCCACAAGAUCAUGAAUCUACAAAGUUUAAAUCAGCCACAAAGAGAUUUCACCGUCUAUUUAACUUACCAGAAAAUGAAAAGCUUGUAAACUAUUAUUCUUGUAGUUAUUGGAAAGGUCGUGUACCCCGUCAAGGCUGGUUAUAUCUAUCUGUCAAUCACAUGUGUUUUUAUUCAUUUUUGAUGGGAAAAGAAGCUAGACUUGUCAUUCAUUGGACUGAUGUCACAUUGCUUGAAAGAACCAAUAGCAUGGCUUUGACUAAUGGAAUCAAGGUUACCACAAGAGAUGGAGAGUUUUGCUUUUCUCUGUUGAUGCAUCCCUCUGAAACUUUUGGUCUAAYGGAGCAGCUGGCAAACUUGGCAAUGAGACAACUGCUGUCAAAUGAAGGUUAUGAAGAAAACAAAUCGUUACCAGCCCUCACAAGUAAACGAGGAAAAGUUGUCAAAAAARUACCCAGUUUAAAAAGGGAUUUGGAUUCAAGAGCUCAGAGUGAAAGUUACAGAAACCUAUUCAGACUUCCCAUUGAAGAAAUACUAGACGGUAGCUGUGAGUGUACAGUAUGGAGCCCACAUAAGAAGGAACUCAUUGGAGGCACGCUGUACUGUUCACCAAACUUCUUGUGCUUUAGUAGUCAGGUUCAUCGGCUUCUUUCUUUGGUAAUACCAAUGAGGGAAAUAACUUUGGUGGAGAAAGUCGACACAUCAGCCAUCAUGCCAAGUGCACUUCACAUUACUACCAAAUCUAAGGGAUGUCGGGGGAGAUUGGGAAUAUGCAGUAGAUGACGACAAGCCUGUUUCAAAGAAGAAGCAAGAGUUUCAGCCACCUCUUACACAAGUGUUUACCAGUUCACCAUCUGAUCAGAUGACAGCAAAGGAGUCUGUGAAGGAGCACUUGUGGAGAAUACAUUUGGCAGAGUAUGGGAGAUCGAGACACACCCAGGUUAUUAUGCGAACCUGGUCGAACAGUGCCAAGGCAAGACUACUCUAGCUACUGAAGARAUAGAAAGAGACUUACACAGGUCACUCCCAGAACACCCUGCCUUUCAAUCAGAGGUCGGUAUCGGUGCACUAAGACGAGUACUGACCUCCUAUGCAUGGAGAAAUCCUAGUAUUGGUUACUGCCAAGCAAUGAACAUAGUAGCGUCAGUGUUGUUGUUAUACUGUACCGAAGAACAAGCCUUCUGGUUGCUGGUAGCUGUGUGUGAGCGUCUCUUACCGGACUAUUAUAAUACCAAGGUAGUGGGUGCACUGGUUGACCAAGGAGUGUUUGAGGAUUUGACRAGGGUCCAUUUACCAGAGCUCUAUGGCCAUCUUAAAGAUCUGGGUAUCCUGAACAUGAUCUCAUUGUCAUGGUUCCUAACGCUGUUUCUAAGUGUGAUGCCGUUCGCGUCAGCUGUUAAUAUCAUGGACUGUUUCUUCUAUGACGGAGUAAAGGUUCUUUUCCAAAUAGCUCUUAACACUCUUGAAGUUAACAAAACCAAACUCCUGGCCGUGGAGGAUGAUGGGGAGGCUAUGACCAUAUUAGGUGCCUACUUAGAACACGUGACCAACCRAGACGCCAGCUCGCAAGCAAUGACGAUGACUGUGAAUAACCGUAGCAUUGAUGUUCCUUUUCCAGGGUAUUCCACGUCUGUAGAUGUAUCAAACCUCAUCCUCGAGUCAUAUCAGAAGUUUGGUUUCAUAACCGGAGAAAGUAUCGAGUCGAUGAGAAAUGUCCAGAGACUAAGAGUCGUUCAGGGGCUGGAGGAUAGCAUGAGACGCACCGUUGUACGGUCAAUAGGAGCUGAAAGUUCUGCUUUCAAUCAAAAGGAGCUUGAAAGACUGUAUGCUGUAUUUAAAGCCAGUCAUCUACAGACUCGUAGCAGACGAAGUCUUGAGAUCAGAGAUUCCAGUCAAGAAUGGCAGCACUUACAGACCAUCGAUUUUGAAGGAUUCAAACCAUUCUUUGUGAGUCUGACAGACUGGGGAACAUGCGAGAUUGGCGACCUACUGGCAUUAAGAGCAUUCAAGGUAAUCACAAACUGCAAAAGUGAUUUCAUUACCUUCAAAGAACUCGUCCAGAACUUAGGUACCAUAUGCAAAGGUGACUUACACGAGCGACUUCAGUUUAUUUACUGCAUGCAUGUGGAGCCCGCAAUAGGGGAUAUCUAUGAAGAUGAAAAUGAAUCGGAUGAUGUGGAUACCUGUAGCGAGGCGUCCGAGGGGGGCAUGGUUAGUAGUACCGAGGCCUCUGCUAACCACGCGGGCACUGAGGCAGAAGCAAUCCCAAGGCAGGACAAGGAUACUGCAGUCUGCGAGGAAACGCCAUUGAGCUCGAGUUUAAAAAGUAGAGAAAGCGUAAAAAUCCAGGAGAUGCUACAAGGCGAAGAAGAAGACAAAACAGAAAAUGGUCAGCUUCCUAUGAUGAGCCAGGAACAAUUUAUUCAUCUGUGGAAGACGAUGUAUUCUUUAUUCCGUGAAUUACCCAACGAACAACAAAUGUACCAAGCCAUAGCAGCGGUAGGCAACAUAUUAUUGAAACUCGGAGAAUUUGGCGAAGAAUACGGUGCUACGACUCCUGAGGAUAUUAAUAGUCCGAAACACAAUUUACCCGAAGGGGUUACGACAUCUUCCGAGCUUGGCUCUUCGUCUGCUUCACCGAAGGAUGGCAAUAUGGGCAAUGGCUAUGAUUCUGAGAAGUCUUCGGAGUGUGCCAGCCUUCCCGAAGGGGUAACGACGGCUUCCGAAUUUGAUUCGUCAGCUUUGUUGAAAGAAGUUCUUGCCGACGCAGCCCGAAGCAGCGAGUCAUCGCUCAGCAGCCCGGUUCGAAGUACCACAGGUGAAGACUAUGUUAUCGUAAAAAAUGACGAUGGUUUUAGCACUCCAGAAAACUUAGACGUAGAAAGAAACGAAGUAUCAGAAAACUUAUCCAAUCUGUACCUCAAACUAGAAAACACUAAAAUUACAUCUGCUAGCCCCAGCUCGCGAUCGAUGUCCGAACAUCCGGGCGAUGCAUCCACUUCCGGUUGUAAUGUCAAUCUUCCUGAGCUUGGUGAUGUUUCUGGGGUCUUUGAAUCGGAAGUUGGUUCCUCGGAAACCGAACUGCUUGAUUUAGACGGCAGACAGUCACCUGGAGUGAUUGAUUCUCAUUGGUCAAUAUCGUUUGAGCAGUUUUUGGCGUCCAUAUUAACGGAGUCUUAUCUAGUGAAUUACUUUGAGCAACAGAUUGAUGUGUUGGAAAGGCUGAAGCGGCUAAAGACGGAAGGCAUUAACAGUUUCAAAGCCUCCAAUAAUAGAUUAGCUGACGAAUAGACACCGGAAAUGACAUCACGACUGUUUGAUUCAUCCAACACGAAAUUUUCAAUUUGAUAAUAUUUUUAAUGGUAAUGUAAUUUGAGAUGUAAAUAGAAAAUACAACAAUCUUUGUGAAGGGAGUGAUAGCUAGCUUAAUGCCACUCACAACAUCCAGUAAACUAACACAAAUGAUCUUAGAAAAACAGGGGAAAUUUAUGAGAUUAAGUUUUGGUAUUUAAUUA